GAAUAUUUUGACAUUUCGCUGACAUGUACAGCGUUUCCGUUGUCUCAACUCCUUUCCUUUUUGACAGGCAGAGAAUAAGGCUGGUCGAUUUAGGCCCGCGCCAAUAUCUGCUUUUUUCAUAAACAUCUUUGAAUAAAAAUAUCACCAUGGUUGUUAAGAAGCCCAGACCAAAGAAGAAGCCAGUGACCAAGAAGGUUGCCCCAGCUCCUUUGGCUGUUAAGAAACCUGUUGUCAAGAAAGUCGUUAAUCAACUUUUUGAGAAGCGUCCCAAGAACUUUGGCAUCGGUCAAAAUGUCCAACCCAAGAGAGAUUUGUCUCGCUUCGUCAGAUGGCCCAAGUACAUCCGUAUCCAACGCCAAAAGGCUGUUUUGCAAAAGCGUUUGAAGGUCCCACCACCAAUCCACCAAUUCAGCCAAACUCUUGACAAGACCACCGCCGUCAAGAUGUUCAAGUUGUUGGAGAAAUACCGCCCCGAAUCAGCCAUUGCUAAGAAGCAACGCUUGAAGAAGAUCGCCGAAGCCAAGGCUAAGGGCAAGGAUGUCCAACCCAAGAAGAAGCCUACCUUUGUGCGUGCCGGUACCAACACUGUCACCAAGUUGGUUGAACAAAAGAAGGCCCAAUUGGUCGUCAUCGCUCACGAUGUUGAUCCUCUUGAGUUGGUAUUGUUCUUGCCUGCUUUGUGCCGCAAAAUGGGUGUCCCAUACUGCAUUGUUAAGGGCAAGGCUCGUCUCGGUAUGUUGGUCCGUCGCAAGACCUGCACUGCCUUGGCCUUGACCAACGUUGAAGCCAACGACAAGGCUAACUUCGGCAAGAUUGUCGAAGCCAUCAAGACCAACUACAAUGAUCGUCAUGAUGAAAUCCGCAGACACUGGGGUGGUGGUAUCUUGGGCUCCAAGAGUUUGGCUCGCAUUGCCAAGUUGGAACGCGCCAAGGCCCGUGAGCUCGCUCAGAAACAAGGUUAAAACAUCUGUGUGAUUUUUAGUUUUUAUUUGAUUUGAUUAAUAAAAUCAAACAGUACAUGAGAAAGAACUGUUUUAAAGUUUGAUUUAUGAAAAGAAAAUAAAACUAAAUUUAGUUUUAAAA